AUGCUGGGCAAGAUCCCAGGUACCGCCUUCAGCAUCCGAAUCUGGCCUGGCAGUGCGUCCGUGUGCCAGUUCAGUCUCAAUUUUGUCAAUUCGGCGUCGGAAAAACCUCCCCCCAAAGCAAAGUACGAACUCUACCUCGCUAACGCUGCGUUCAGGGGCAACAUGCACCGUAUCAAGUCUCUUGAAGCUGCAUUCUGUCAUGGACAAGUCAUUGAGGAAGGGGCAGAGUCCUUUCUCGUUUCUCGUGAGGCAAGAGCAGGAGGUAGAGUAGUGCUCAUGCGUCCGGAUGGUCCAGGGUCGUUCGUUGGAUUUAAGAUCCCCACACACUCGAAGGCUCCACAGCCAACGUAUGAGAGAAUUGAACUUGUCUACGCAAACCAUCUUGCUUAG